AGAGAGGCGGAGGAGGUAUAUUCAUUGACACAGCAAUGGCUCCACUACUCCCAUCUGAAAGUACUGCAUACACGGUCACAUUGCCUGAGCAGUCUGAUGAUGAUCGUUUAAACUUAACAAUAAGAACAGGUGCAGCCUCAACCUAUACAAAGUCAACUGUGAUUGUUCAUGGUGGAUUAAUCCAUGGUUUCCAGCUGUCAAACAUUACUAUACCAGAGAUAGAACUGAAGCUUGAAGAACUCGAAGAAAAAGAUUGGAAUAAGUUGAUAUCCAAUGAAAUAUUUUAUCUAAAUAUAAUCACAAGAAAAUGGGCAAGACUUGAGCUCGAAUCGGACAAAGAAAAACCAAAACCAAGGCUGUUUCAUUCAAUCACUACAUAUGGAAGCUCAAUGUAUAUGUUUGGUGGUUUAGUUGUUGACGAGGAGGAGCACCAAUUGGUUCCUACCAACGACCUUUGGGAAUUUAACAUUGACAAUAAGGAGUGGACUUGUAUUGAUGAUGGUUCAAGAUCUGGUGCUGUCAACAGGUAUGAUCUGAGCUUAUUGACUACAAACUACGUUUCACCAGAGUAUGGUAACAUUCAUCCUGCUUUGGUUAUUGUUGGUGGUAGAAGUGAUCUAAAUCAAGAAUUGAAUCAUAUAACGGUCUUUGACCUAGAACAAAAUGCUUAUGUUAAUAACUCCCAGAUGAAUUUGAAUCUUAAUGAGCUAAUACCGGCAAGACAUAAUAGUGAUCCAAAACUGAAGGCCCAAGAAUCUGAGAAAUCCAAACUUACGGUCACUUCAGAUAAAGGUUUUAUUAUUUCUGGAGAUUCAAACCCUGAAGGAACCAACAAUAAUGAUGACAUGCUGCUUAUUUAUUCCACCAAACAGUCAACGGAGUACAACAAUCCUUUAGUUUCUCUACCUGUUUCACCAAGCAGUACAGGUUCAAGACUUCCGUUAUCACAAACUUUGAAAUACAAUUCCAGUGCAAUUCCUCGAGAUUUGAAAUAUCCAACAGGUGGUGUUUUUGGCUCUAAUAUAUUGGUUGGUGGUAAUAGUGCUAUAAAGAACGAAUAUCAAAUGUUCUCUUUCAAUAGACCGUCUCAAAAAUGGACAAGAUUGAGCAUUGACUCCAAGAAAAAAGCUUGUGAAAUUUAUCUUUGGAAAAGUUUUUCAUGGCCAUCACAUCAUAAAGUAUUGCUUCUUGGAUCUUCUAACAUUCCUAGAGACAUGAUCUAUCCUACUAUUCAGCUAUUUGAUUUAGUUAUCACUGUUGGUUUACCAAUCACAAAUAUUUAUCAUGCAUCAACAGUUCCCCAGAUGAGCACUGGAAGAGUGAAACCAAAAUCUUCAACAAUGAAAGAAAAUACAUCAUUUGAAGCUUAUUCUAAGUACGUGGCUCCAAAUACCAAGAUCUCAUCAAUUAGAUCCGUGUUCCCAAAUUUUGCAGUUGCAUUGGGAAGAAAUGCAUUUGAGAGAUAUGGAUCUUCUUUAGCUGAUUUUGAGUUUAUUAGUGCAGAUGGUGAAAAAGUUAAUGUCCCAAUUAUGCUUUUGAGAAAAAGAUGGGGUAGAUGUUUUGAUAUGCUGUUAUCAAAAGCUUAUGCUAGGGCUGUUUAUAAGUUAGAGAACCAGCAACAAGAAAACAACACUGAAGCCAGUGAGACAAACUCGAUCACUUCUUCAUCUGUUAAUGCUAAGAAAUCCAUGAUGGUGUUUAAUAAAAGCGGUGGUUCUAGAGAUGAGAGAGAUGUUCCAAAAUUCAGAUUGCCUUUCCAAGAUGCAAGAUCAACACCACCACCUUCAGCUCAGCAAAGUUUAGCGCCAAACUCAAGAAAGGCAUCAGUUGUUUCAAAUACUAGCAACGUUUCAGGCAGAACUAAUUCCACAACAGGUGAGUCGAAUAGUUUGUCACCAAAUUUAAAUUUCUCAAACUUACCACCACCAACACCACCACCAAGUGAGCCACUACCUUCAUUGGAAAAAUCACCAAGAUCAUCUGUUACACCAACUGGAAGUUCAAGUGGCCAAAUUUUCAAGAAUGGGAUGGGAUUCAGUUCAUUUUCCAACUCUCCAAGAGGCUCGGUUUCUGGCCCUUCUAUGACGCCAUCAACUUCAGUUGGCCCAUCCACCUCUCCAGGUCCAAACAGGACUAAGGAUGAUUUGAGAACUCCAUUACAAAAUUUCAAGAAGAGAGAUAACACUUCAAGAUCAUCAAGUUUCCAAACAAACAAAACAGAUGAUAACAGUUCAUUUAAUGAUAAUCAAUCCACUAUAGAUUCAAUAAACAACCAAGAUGCCGAAGAUGAAACUAAAGUGUUACUGGAACCACUUUUAACUCCAAGAUCUUUAUAUUUGCCAUUUGCUACUAGUACAGUUCAGGCAUUAGCUGAAUUUUUAUUUACAGGUCAAUUGGGUGAUAAAUGGCUAUUCCAGCCAACUACAUUAGAUUCUUUCUUAUUGGCCAAGUUUUAUGAAAUUCCAUUGUUGUAUGAUUUGAUAUCUGAAGCCCUCUAUGCAAUGAUUGGUAAAAAAGAGGAGUCAUUGAUUAAAGAUUAUACUGUUUUUGUUGAUGAUUAUCAAGAUAAUUUGAGAAGGUUAUUUAAAGAUGAUGAGUUUAGAAUUAAUGGUUUUUUUGAAGAAUUUCCACAUGUGAGAAAAGCUUUUGUUGAAAUUGAAGGCUAUCUGAAUACAGUUGAUGAUGGGUAUCUAAACGUUACUCUAUUGAGAAAGGCCAGUAAAGCUUCCAACUUUUCAGACGACAUGUCAUUACUCAAGAGUUCAGCCUCAAGUAAAAGAGCUUCUUCAACCAGAUCAAGAUUUGGGAAAUCAAGUUUAUCCAGGGAAGUCAACGUGGAAGAGAAUGAUGAUGAUGAUGACAUUGAUAAUGAAGAUGAGGAUGAUCCUAAUGAUGACGAUCAACCACCUGCUCUUGGUAAAAUUUCCAGCCGCAGAAGUGAAAGAAUCAAGUUCAACGAGGAUUCAAUGUCAAGCAAGAGUGCAAAGAAAGUUUCAUCUAAUUCAGAUUAUGAUGAUAUUGAUCCAAUCACUCCAUUAGAUGUCCAUGCAAGAAAUCGUUCAAACUCACAAAGAAGUGCUUCCAAGGACAGUUUUGAUAAUAAAGCACACAAUCAGAAGGAUGAUUUGAUUGAAGAUGAAGCAAAAAGUUACAACGAUGAAUAUGAAGAUGUUGACCCCUUAACGAAAUAUCAAUCUCAUACUUCCAAAUCUACAUCAGAAAAUGAAGCUAGUAUUCAAGUUCCAGAAGGUCGUUUCCACUUACCAAAAGAACAAAUAUCCAAAGUUAAAAGCAAUGAUUCUAGCUCUGAUCAAAAUGAUCAAAAACAUUCAACUAGUGAUAGUGAUGAUGUUGGUGUUGGUCUCGGUUUAUUGAAUGGAGCUCAAUUGGCAACUAAAGAUAAGAAAAACAAAGAGAAAAAUGACUUUGAUGCAGUUCCAUCAGAUUCAGCUUUACCUACUUUAGAAAAUUUGGCAUCACAGGAUUCUGCAGCCCCUACUGAUCAAUUGAUUCAAGUCAUUUAUGAAGUCAGUGCUUUGGCUUGCGAUAUGAAAUUGUUAUUACGUGCAGCUAAUGCAUUAGAGAUGUCUCGGGUGUUUGCUAGUAAGAAAGAAGAGUUGUUAGCUGAGUUAAAUAACUAUGGAUUGAAAUAUGAAGAAGUUAGAUUGAAAGAGGAAUUGCUGCUUAAAGAACAUGAAGAAAGAAAAAGACAACGAGAGGAAGAAUUGAAUGCAUCGAAACAAAAAGAACUUGAUACCAUCAAAGCUAAACAAGAUGCCAAAAGAGCUGAAGAAUUGAAGGCCCAAAAACAAGCUCAAAGUAUGAGAAGAAAUGAAAGUUCAGGUAAUUUAACAGGCCAAGGAGAUAAGUCUUUGGAAGGAAUAAAUGAAGACGGUGAUGAUGAUUCUAUUGUCUCAGGAAGAUCAAGAAGUGGCGGUGGUGGGUUAAGAAAUGCGUUCCAAUCUUUUAGAUCUUUUUCAAGCUUAAGUUUAUCUGGAUUGACAGGUAGAAAAAUGUCACCAUCAGCAUCUGGGCUGGAUUUGGAGGGAAGCUCAUCUCCAAAACAUCAUGAACAUUCGAGUAACCCAUUUCGUUCUUCAAGAGGGUCAAAAGAUAGUGGCUCUUCAGGUCAAAGUAAGCAUAGAAGUGUGUUUUCUUCAAUUUUACCAAAAAGAUCACACACAUCAAAACAUUAAGUGUUGCUAUUCAAGAAAUGGCGGGACCAUUUAUCAAUUUAUGAUUGAAUAGAGGACACAUCUGUAUAACAUGAUUAUCUUUAACAAAAAGUUACAAUAUUUAAUGGGAUAUGAAUCUUUGGAUCUUUGAUUUAUGUGUACAGAUUCCUUUCGCAUCAUGUA